UUACUGGUGGGAACAACACUAAAGUAUUCUUAGCAUAAGAAAACUAGACUGAUUAAUCUUGUAGUGUUUCACCCCCGUCAAUAUGGGGACAUCUAGUAUUAGUUUCUCCAUUUUAGUGUUAAUAAUUUCCGUUUUAUGGAAACCAGCGUAUACGGAUAAGUGCUCGUUGGCAUGUAAAGGAUCUGCCACCGGCCCAACUUUUUUAAAUGGACACAAGUAUAACUAUGGAGUGGAAGGAACCGUCUCCAUCUACCUGACAGGAGCUGACAAGCAGGAGACAGGAGUCAAGCUGCUGGGUCAGGCCACCGUCACCGGGGUCGGGAACUGCGUUAACGAGCUAGUUGUCCAGAAUUUGGCUAUAUCAGGACCUGAUGGCAAGAAAUAUCCUUGCCCAGAAGGCAUCGAGAAACCAGUCCGCUUCACGAUCCAGGACGGGAAGGUGGGACCAGAGAUCUGCUCCGAGGAAGACGACUCCAGGAGAUCUCUCAACAUCAAGAGGGCCAUUAUCUCACUGCUGCAGACUGGAACAAAACCAUCCGUUGAGACUGACAUCUUCGGAGCCUGCCCCACCGAAGCGUCCUCCUCCAAGGAAGGUAACUUCCUCCUGGUCCACCGCAGCCGGGACCUCUCCCGCUGCGCUUUCCGUGAACAGGGGAAGAAUGAUCUCAUCACAUCAGUCGCUAACCCUAGUGCUGAAAUCAAGAACUCCCAAGUGCUACAGUCAAACCUGAACGUGGAAUCGAAGGUUAACAGCGGCAUUCCGGAGAAAGUGGAAGCCACUGAGGAAUACCUGUACAAACCCUUCUCAGUUGGAGAGAAUGGAGCCAGGGCUAAAGUGAACACCAAGCUGACCCUGACCGGCAAAGGAAAUGGCGCUGCCUCUGGUAAAUGCAGUCACCCACGUACCAUCAUCUUCGAGAACCCCCACGGUGCCGCCGUAGACAGCAACAUACACAAUGCCCUCAAUGCUGUCAAAGACACCGCCAAGACCCUCACCACUGAAGCCAGUUCCAAGUCUGCUGGACUCUUUGCUCAACUCGUCAGGAUACUCCGAUACACCAACAAGGAGGAUCUAUUGAAAGUCUUCCAACAAGUCAAGGGCAAUAACUUGGAAAAACGCGUAUUCUUGGACGGUCUUCUCCGCACCGGAACCGGAUACAGCUUGGAAGCGUCAAUCAACCUGCUAAAGAGCAAACAGCUCAGUCCUCUGGAGAACAAUCUCGUUUAUCUGUCCCUUGGCAAUGCUAGACACGUCAACCAUGAGGCCGUCAAAGCUGCAGCUACUCUUCUCGACAACCCGCAAGUGCCCAAAGAGGUGUACCUCGGAGUGGGAGCCCUGGCUGGUUCCUACUGCCGUUCCCACAACUGUCACCACGAAAAACCCGAAGGCGUUGUGGCUCUCAGCCAGAAGCUUGCUUCAAAACUGCAGAAUUGCAAGCCUAAGUCGAAGGUCGAGGAGGAUGUGGUUGUGGCUGCACUCAAAGGAAUCCGUAACAUUCGCCAUCUCGAAGAUAAUUUGGUCGACAAGGUGUCUCGUUGUGCCAACGAUAACUCCGUCAAAGCGAGAGUCAGGGUUGCCGCUCUAGAAGCUUUCCAUGCCGACCCCUGCGCUGCUAAGCUAAAGAACACGGCUCUCGCCAUCUUGGCUAACCGUGACUUAGACUCAGAGCUCCGAAUCCAGGCCUAUCUGGCUGUCAUCGCGUGCCCGUGCGCAGGCUCUGCCAGCAAGAUCGCUGACCUACUGCAGUCUGAACCCGUCAACCAAGUCGGUCGUUUCAUCACAUCGUCUUUGCGUGCCAUCCGUAACUCCGCCAACCCCGACCGCCAUCUUGCCAAGCAGCAUUACGGCAGGAUUGGCAGCAAACCCUUCAACAUCGAUGACCGGAAAUAUUCAUUCUUCCACGAGUUGUCUUACAAUGUGGAUGCUCUCGGCGUGGGUGGCACUCUGGAACAAACCGUCAUCUACUCGCAAGACUCCUUCCUGCCAAGAUCAGCCACAUUGAAUCUCACCACGGAAUUGUUUGGACACAACUUCAAUGCUCUUGAGAUUGGAGGGCGUCAAGGGAACUUGGACCGUGUGAUUGAACACUUCCUUGGACCCAAAGGUAUCCUCCGCACAGAAGACCCUCAGACCUUGUACGACAACCUGAAGAAACGCUACGAGGAGUCCUCCAAAAAGGUGGACCAAAGCUUGGGCAGAGGGCGUCGGUCGAUCAAGACAGAAGUAGACAACUUUGAUAAACAUCUGAAAGCAGAAUCUGUGCCCUACAACAAUGAGCUAGACUUGGACAUUUACGUCAAGCUGUUCGGCACUGACGCCGUCUUCCUUUCUCUGGGAGAUGACAAAGGAUUUGAUUUCAACAAGGUUCUGGAUCAACUCCUGAAGGCUGUUACGGGAGGACUCGAUAAGAUCAAGAACUUCAAGCAAGAACUGCGCGCUCACGUCCUCUUCCUGGAUGCUGAACUUGCCUACCCCACCUCCACCGGUCUGCCUCUCAAACUUGACCUGGUCGGAGCAGCCACCGCCCGUGUCGAAGCCGCCACCAACAUCGACGUCCGACAAAUCGUCAAAUCCCCGUCUAAUGCCAAGGUUGAUGUCAAACUUGUGCCAAGCACAGACAUCGAAGUUGCUGGGUUGUUCCUCGUCGAUGGUAACUCCGUCGCCACUGGACUCAAAGUCGUCAACAACUUGCAUUCGUCGACUGGAGGACACUUGAUCGCUAAAGUUUUGGAGAACGGCAAUGGCAUUGACAUCCAAUUCGGCCUGCCUGUUGACAAACAAGAAAUCCUCACCGCUUCCAACGACCUCGUCUUCUUCACCGCCGAGAGAGGGCAGAAGGAGAGGCAUGUUCAGAUCAAACUGGACAAUGUCAAGCCUUCGUACUCUGGAUGCUUCGACCAGCUGGCUGGAGUUGUUGGUCUGACGCUGUGUGGUGAACUAGUGGUACCUUUUGCUGUUUCUGGAGAACAAAGUCAUGCCUCUAUCUCCAAAUUCUUGGCUCGCUACCCACUCAGCGGCCCGUCUUCUGUCAAACUGAUUCUUGAGAAGAACGACCUUAGAGGCUACCACCUUAAGGGCAUCUACAGGAGCGAUCACCCUGACAGGAGGGCCUUUGAACUUCUGUUUGAAGCUGAAGGUUCCAAAAACCGGCGCACACACCUCACGGGUGAAUUAGUCUUUAACGAACAAGAGAAGUCCGUCAAAAUUGAUUUUGACUCCCCCAUCAAGGUAAUCCAUACCCAAGCAGCCUUCUACAAUAAGCCAACAGAAUUAUCCUUGUUCUUAAAGGCAGAUUAUGACGACAAGAAAUAUUAUGCCAAAGCUGGCUUCAAUGUCCAGGGAGACCAAAACCGCAGUGUACUGAAACCUUAUCUGGAGUACUUGCUCGGAGGCGGCGACAAGGGGCCCACUAAAGUAGCAGUGAACGGAGAAAUCGAAAGAGUAAAGAGCGGACCUAAAGUUGUGUACAACAUUAAGGGUAUCCAACUGAAAUCUGAAGGUCUGAAUGAAGUUAUCGACGUGAAUGGUCAAGUAGGCAUUACAGACUCUCCGGCCAAACUGGAAGUAGACUUGAAGGCUAAGCAGGGUCAACAAAAUGGACACAUUCGUGGUACUCUAUCAUCUGACACCGUACAAGUGGAAUUCCAGAAUACUCUUAAUGAGAACUUCAACUUCAAGCUUGAUGCGCAUCACACUCAUGCUCAAGGAUCUAUCAACAGCAAGGCCGACCUGGUUUACGGUUCAGAUUUCAAGAGCCAGUUCAACAGAGUAUCUUUCCAACAAAUUCUGAAGACCUAUGAAAAGAGCCAAGACGAUUAUAGCUUUGUCACAAAGAAUAAGCUUGAGAUCGGAGGCUUGAACUUCAAAGUACGCGCUGACGCAGAUAUUGACCCUAAGAAAGUGGACGUCGAGUUGGAUGGACAAUAUCAGGACAAAAAAGCAAACUUUGCCGUCAUUUUCAGGAAGCACAUUAAGAACCCACAGGACUACAGCUUCAAACUGAACACAAAUGUUGACAAACAAGGUUUGGAAGUAUUCUCCAAGAGGGAUUGCCUCUCUGACGAUAAAUCCAACUUUGAGAAUUACGUGCAAAUCAAGAACGUCGCCAAAUACGAACUGUCUGGAGUUGUAUUGCACAAAGACAAGCCUAAUGACAUCGUCAAGGGUGCUAAUGGGCAUUUCAAGAUCAGUGGCAAAGACAAAACUGAAGAUUUCAAAUUUGAUGUCGGUGUCACAGCCAAAGGUGAACAGUAUUCUUCUCAUGCUAAACUAUCUUCUUCUGCUGGAGAAUUCUUGGACUAUCUUCUCAAUAUCAACGGAGGUGCCAACCCUAACGGUCAGCUUAAGCUGGUCAUCAAAGACAGCGUCUCUGCCAAUGGACAGUACAAAGUUAACGAUGCUGAUGGCAAAGGCAACGGAGCAAUCAUCUUUGAUUUCAAAAAGUCUCAACGCAAGAUCAAGGGAGACUUCACCUUUGUGGCCAAGGAGCCGGUGUUCUCCGCGGAAGUGGACUUGUUCCUCAAUUUCGAGAAGGACAACAACGACAAACUGCACUUCAGCACCAACUCUAAGAGGACCGACAAACUGUUUGAAUCUAAGAACAAAUUAGUGUACGCUGGCAAGAAGUCGGAGCUGAACGUGCACACUGAGGGCGUCGUCGACUUCACCGGCAAGACCCGGGCCAAUGUCGAAGUGGUGCUGCCCACGGAGCGGUGUCUCACCUUCAAGUUGGAUCGCGAUGUCACUGAGAAAGAUAAUGUGUACAACGGAAACGCCGAACUGCUCCUCUCAGACGCGCCCAAGCGCGGCUCACAGGCUUCAUCGAUCCACUACAAGGCCAAGGCUCACAACGUGAACUUGGACAAGAGCAUAAUCAACUACGAGGGCCAGUUGGAGUUCCAGCUUAAGGACGGGAAGAAACUCGUCAAUUCCUUCAGCCUAGUCAACGCUCCGGCCGGCGACAAAUUUAAAUACGACUUCAAGGCUGAAGUAACCGGCAACUUGCUUCCAAAACGUGCAUCCCUGGUCGCCAGCGGAACCUACCCUGAUAGCGAAAAAGUUUUCUCUGAAGAUUACAAACUGAAAGGCAGCUACGGAGAUGAUAUCGGCUUUGAAGUGAUUGGUAACUACGAUGUUAGCCUGUUUGAAGAUGGCAAGGACAAGAAGUACCAAGACCUUUACACCGUGACCUUGAGGCUGCCUUUUGAGAAGGCUCAUGAUAUCAAAUACGUGUCUGAUGUACUGGUGCAUGGCAAGCAGGAAUCAGGAGAGUUUAACGUGAUCCAAUCUCUGCAAGUGAACGCUGACCUUUACAAAUUGGACCUGAAGGGGUCCGGGAACCCUGCGACUGGAAACGCCAAGCUCCAUGUCCUCAUCCCUCAUGUUGACCCAUUCACCCUGGAUACCACCUACAAACAUCACCAGGAUGGUGAGGUAAGGUCUGUAAACUUGGACCUAAAGAGUCAGUACGGCAAGGGCAAGAACGCAGAAGUGGUGAUCGACGCCAAGAGUUCACCACAGAAGUUCACCACCGAGGUGAAGGCCCGCGCACCACAAGCUGAGAAGGUCAAGGACUUCGGCAUCGCUUUUACUUCUACUAACGUGAACGCAGACACAUACUCUGUAGACCUGACUGGCCACGUCAACGACAAGUCUUACGCCCUACACUCCACCGUCGGCUUAUCCAAAUCCAAUCCCAUCCUAGACAUCGCAUUGAAGAACCCUGAUGGCACUCAUGAAAAACUUAACGUUAAAGGAACGGGCAUUACCUCAACUAACGGCAAAAUUGAGCUGAAGCUUGAGAACGUUCGUGGUCUCACCCUGGACGGCGUGGUCGAAGGAACUGUUAACGAUGACAACAUCAACUUCAAAUUCGUCGGAAAUUCUGAUAAACUCGGCCUUAAGAACUACAAAGUCGAUAUCAGCAGCAAGCAGGCUGGUAACGGAAAGCGGUUGGAGUUCCAAGCCACCAAUGACAACAAGAAUGUGCUGAGUGGAAGCACUUCUCUGAUCAGCAAGAAGGACGACAAGCAGACAAUCUACGAAGGCUCAGGCUCUGUGAAAGUUAAGGACGAACAAAAAUCUGCCACUUUCAAGUACAUUAGGACUCUUCUCACCGAAGGCAAUGAACAAGGCAUCGAGACUUUCCUGAAUUUGGCCAUUGGUGACCGUAGCUACGUUGCCGAAUCUAGGGUCACCAACUUGGAAUUCAAGAACUCCUACCUCUACUGUGAGGAGAAGAAGCAGUGCGCCCACGUCGACAUCAACUCCAAACUUAACUUGCCCAAACAAGGCACCUUCCAGCACCUGGUGAACGUGAAUGUGGACCUCCGCAAACUCGGAGUGACCCCUGAAUUCGGCCUGGAGAUCACCAACGAGGUGGCUGACAAGAAGCUGCCGCAGUACACCCUGGACUUGCACGUCAAUAACAAGGAGAAGAAGUACCACCUUCAUGUGUACAGCCAACCUGACUACGGCAAAUUCCCUGCCGGUGUUACCCUGGCUCUCCCUACUCGUACUCUAGCUGCGGAAACUAUUCUCUCCUACCCUGUCGACAAAGCCCUGCCCUUCCCCGUCCGAGGAGAACUGGCCAUCCACGCAGACAAGAAGAAGCCUCAGCACAAGACUGCCGUUCGAUUCCUGGUUGAUGUCUCCGGCGACCAACAAGGCCAUUCAGCCAUAGCUGAGGUCGGAUUCAGCCACCCGAAACUGGGCAAGGAAGCACUGAUCGGUGUACGUGGAAAGCUGCUGACUCCCAAAGAAAAGACCGUCCGAAUUGAAGCCUCGACUGUUCUUCAUCUGGCCAGCCUUGGCGCUGAUCGCGAAUCCAAACUGUUAUUGGAGGCAAACCCAACACACUUCAAGUUUGUGGUCGACACUCCACUGGUCAAGGUCCUGGACAUCGAAGGCUCAGCAUCAGUUACAGAGAAGCAGCAACAAGGCGAGCUCAAGUUCUGCCUGCUCGCUGGCAAGCCGGUCACCGUGCGGGCCAUCGCCAAAGAAUUCCAGUAUUACGAGUUCACUACAGGUUAUAGUGAGGAAGCUGAUCGCAAACUGAUGUUAGUCAGUCAUCUUGACCCAGAGAAGAGGGUAGACAUCAGCGCUGAUAUCGUGCUUGGAGGAGAGAAGAAGAACAUCAUCCAUGGAGCUCUGUUCCUUAAUGAUAAUCUAGUUAAGAGCGAUUAUGGCUUCUCUCAGGAUAACUUCAAAUACUUUGCUAAUGCUCUUAAGAACGACUUGACAACUCUUGAAAGCCGUGUGAAACAGCUCGGACAGAAAGCCAGCAAUGACUUCAAAGACUCUCUGAAGAAGAUCGAACCUAAACUUAAAGAUCUCGAGAAGUCCUACCUGGAAGAUUUCUACAAGGUCUACCAGGAGUUAGACCAGGACAAGGAACUUGCUGAAGUCCUACAUGUAUUCGCGGUUCUUGCCGAAAAUCUCGUCAACUUUAUCGAAGAAGUUGUGAAAGUGACCAAGCCUAUUGUGGACCAAGCCACAAAGACUAUAAGCGAAGCAUCCAAACAGGUCCAUGACUUGUAUGAGAAACAGAUCGAGCCCCAACUAGUCAAACUGUACGAGACCCUCGGUGCUAUCCUGAAGGAAUACCUGGAAGGCCUGUUGGACCUGGUCGCACACUUCGCCGCCCUGAUCUCCGACUUCUUCGAGAAACACAAGGCUGAACUGCAGGAGCUUACCAACACCGUAGCUGAAAUCUUUAAAGACCUUACUCGUCUUCUUGUCGCUCAACUGAAGGAACUCCGAGUCAAGGCAGUGGAACUGUACAAGGAGUUGUUGGAGUCAGUCAAUAAUAGUCCGUUGGUUGCCACGUUGAAAGAGAAGUACCAAGAAUUGGCUGUUCCUGAUCAGAUCCUGAACGUUGUUCUGGAGGUACACAACAUGAUCCGCGCUGUGCUGCCCUCAGAGGAAACGAAGAACUUCGCUGAUGCAGUCUACUCCUACGUUAAUAAGAAACUCCGCCAGACCAAGGUGGAUGACGCCGCAGAACUCCGCAUCAUUUACGAGAAGCUGGUGGUGGCUCUGACGUCACUGCUGCAGUUGUUCCGCCAACAAUACGGCCAGCUCGCAGUGCCCAGCAUCGCCAAUGCGUUUGACUCUCUGCCAUUCAUCUCCGGACCUGGCCAGAUCUCUUACCCUGGGCUCCGCGGCGCUGUGUCGUUCAGUCUCCUGAACACUCUGGCCACGGGAGACAUCGUCAACCCCCUGUUACUUCUACAAGCAUACAGGCUGAGGAGCUUUGACCCAUUGGACGAAGUGCCUAGGAAACUCCGCGCCGUCGUUGUCAACGGUCAGCACAUCUUCACCUUUGACGGUCGUCACCUGACCUUCCCCGGACAAUGCCGCUACGUCCUCGCCCACGACCACGUGGACAGGAACUUUACGCUGCUGAUCCAACUGGCAAACGGUCUACCGAAAGCCUUGAUCCUCGAAGACAAGAGCGGAACUACCAUUGAGCUGAAGGACAACGGACAGGUUCUUCUAAACGGCAACGCUCAUGGCUUCCCCGUCGAGUCUAAGGACGUGUUUGCCUUCCGCAAACCCGACGGUCGCAUCGGCCUCGGAUCCCUUUACGGACUCAUUGCCUAUUGCUCCAGCAAACUUGAGGUCUGCUACAUCGAAGUCUCUGGUUUCUACCUAGGCAAACUUCGUGGUCUGCUCGGAGACGGUAACAACGAACCUUAUGAUGACUUCAGGCUACCCAAUGGAAAGAUCUGCACAUCAGAAGCGGAGUUCGGCAACGCGUACCGCCUCGCUGGUAGCUGCAAACAAGUGACAGUGCCCGAACACAGUCAUCAUCAACACCACCAACCGCUGCCUGAAUCCUGUGAACAAGUCUUCGGCGCGUCCUCGCCUUUGAGACCAUUGUCUUUGUUCUUGGACGUCGCACCAUUCAGACAAGCCUGCAUCCACGCAGUCGCCGACUCCAAAAACGCAAUCAAGGAGGCCUGUCAGAUCGGAGCCGGUUACGCCGCGCUGGCCCUCUCUGGUCUACUGCCAGCUGUUCUACCACCAGCUUGCGUCAAGUGUCACGAUGCUGACGGCGUCAAAGAAGUUGGAGACGUAUACAGUUUGAAGACCCAGGACAAGCAGGCGGACAUCUUGGUCCUUAUUGAGACAACCAAACUCUCCGAGAAGCCGUACAAGGAACUGCUGAUCCCCCUGGUAUCCCAACUGGUUGACACUCUGAAGAGCAAGAAGGUCACUGACAUCAAGGUGCACUUGAUUGGAGCCACAAAGAGGUUCCCGUACCCCAUCGUUUACGACACUGACUUGAAACUGAAGAACGCCAAGGUUGUCUUCGAGGACGACAGCCGUUACGAGGAGUACAAGGGCGUGGUCACUGGAUGUGAGAAGUUCGACAACUUGCAAGGAGAGGCUCUGGACUUCAUCAAUAGCUUCAAGGUUCUGAUUGGAGCAUACAACGUCCGCUUUGGACAAGAUGCCGCCUUGGAGACUCCUCUUCGCCCUGGAGCCGUCAAACAUAUCAUCACCCUGAGUGGAGAGCAUUGCAGAACUGAACUGGGUUCCGUGUUGUCCGGCCUGCUGUACGGAUCCCUCGCCAAACUGUACCCGCUGUCAUAUUCCUACAUCACGGUCACUGAGGAUCUAGCUGCGGAGGGCAAGACCGCUAACCAGGUCGUUGGUUUCAAUAGAGAAGGCAUUCUGCUGCUCGGCGAGAAGAAAUUCUUGAAGGGAGUGAAGGUUACCUACCGCCCCGACUCCUGCAUUGACUUUAUUGAAGUUGCUGACGGUCUCGUCCUUUCAUCGACCAACUACCAAGCCCUGAACGCUGGCCAGCAGAAGCAGUAUCUGCAGUUGGCAGCCAACUCCAUCGCCUCACAGCUCCUCCAGCAGGGAGUGAGCCAGGACUGCGUGUGCGCAUACGCCGAUCCGUUCACAGCGCGCACCGUGUGCUCCGUGAAGGAGAAAAAGGAAGCUGCUCGCAGACGAAAGUAAGCAAUGCAGACCAACAUCUGUGAUUAAAGAAAAAACCAAAUAUUCUCUAGUUUUAAAUCAUCCUUGCAAGUGGAAGUGAGAUGCAUAUAUUCUACAAUACGUGCGUCUCGCUCCCGCGCAUUGUUAAAUUAAUUCGCCUAGAUUAAUCAUAUUUUUGUAAUACAAUGCUGAUUUUUAAUGUAUAUAUAUUUAAUGCCGCAACAUCAGGUAUCAAUAAUCACUGUAUUAGAAUAAAAAAUAAACAUGUUAU